AGGUAUUCUUAUUAUUUGUUGAAAAAUUUAAUUUUUUUUUUAGCUAAAAGCAUUGAGUAAAAAUUGUAAGGAGGUAAUUUUUAGCCACUACCUUAAUAGCAGUACGUACAAAAAACAUUACUGUAAAAUUAAAUUUGUUUUGUCAUACAUGUUGUAGUUUUGACAUGGGAAUUUAUGAUUUUUAUGUGCACUGUACACACAAGAUACGCGCUUGCUAAAAAAUCCAAUAAAAUACGUCUUUGUUUAGUUGGCGUUAGAGGAAAAAAACGCCUCAGUCGGUCAGACAGAAGUGUCAAACAAACAACAGCGGAAUGCUGCACAGUGCAGUGCAGAUUUUAUUAAUUCAAUUUGCUUUAUUAACUUUAGGUUGAACCGAAAGUUUUUUAUGAAAUACUUUUAGUUGAUCCUUAGUUUAUAACUUAUAUAUUCCAUGUGGUUGGAAAAGUGUAAGCGGGCCGCGUGAGCAAAUACAUCGCGAUGAGUUCCGUGUGCUUUAACGGCGGCGGCGACAGGCUCAUUCACGAGGCCGAUCAGCUCAUAUCGUAUAUAGAACGGGGGUCAACGGUGGUGCUGUUCUAUCCGCGGAAGAGGCCGGACCAGCGGACGCUGUCGGUGAGGCGAGAGACGCACCAGGUAAUCUGGUAUCGGUCGUCGAGUGGAACCCAGCAAAGGCACGCUUAUGAGGGCGCCCUCGACAUCCGGGAGAUCAAGGAGGUCAGAGUGGGCAAGUCUUCGAAGGACUUCGAGCGCUGGCCCGAGGACACGAAGCGUCUUGAGAGCUCCAAGUGCUUUACGAUAUACUAUGGCACUGAGUUUAAGUUGCGAUCUGCCUCAUUUGCUGCACAAACGGACAAAGACUGCGAGGCUUGGGUGAAGGGAGUCAGGUUCCUGGUGGAUGAAGCAAUUAAUGCCCCAUACCCACUGCAGAUUGAAAGGUGGCUUCGGAAAGAGUUCUAUGCUAUAGAGAACUCACAUGAAAAAAUAUCUCUGAAAGAGGUGAAGGCUUUCCUGCCGAAGAUCAACUGCAAGAUAUCGACGAGCAAGCUGAGAGACAUAUUCCAGGAGGUGGACACAAAUAAACGAGGCGAGAUAAGCUUCGAUGACUUCUCUACACUGUACCACAAGCUCAUAUUCGAUGAGAACAACGUGCACGACAUCUUCGACAAGUACUCGCUGUACUGCUCCAACGGGUCAACGAUAACGCUUCGCGAGUUCCAGAAAUUUCUACUCGUGGAACAACAUGACCGCAUGGGAGAUGAUGAGGCGAGGGCGUCGCAGUUUAUACGGGACUAUCUCAAGGAUCCUCAGAGGGAUUGCUAUGAGCCCUCAUUCACACUUAUUGAGUUCAUCGAGAUGCUGUUCUCGAAGCACAACUCUAUCUGGGACUCGCGCCAUGACCACGUGACGCAGGACAUGACACGCCCGCUCUCGCACUAUUGGAUAUCCUCCUCGCACAACACGUACCUAACCGGCGACCAGUUCUCAAGCGAGUCUUCCCUAGAGGCCUACGUAAGGUGCCUGCGGUCCGGCUGCCGCUGCAUCGAGCUCGACUGCUGGGACGGCCCCGACGGCACGCCCUUCAUCUACCACGGACACACGCUGACCACCAAAAUACGCUUCAUGGACGUUCUGCGAACCAUCAAGGAACAUGCCUUCAUCACCUCGGACUACCCACUAAUAUUAUCUAUUGAAGACAACUGCUCCUUACCACAACAAAGAAGAAUGGCCGGCGCAUUCAAAGAUGUCUUCGGAGACAUGCUCCUAACACAACCUUUCGAGAAAAAUGAAACCAGCCUCCCAUCCCCUCACGAUUUGAGACGCAAAGUCAUUUUAAAACACAAGAAACUUCCCGACGGCGCUGAAGAAAACUCCUUCUCCAUCAAACAGGAGGAGGGCAAAGAGUUAGACUUAAGAAAUACUAUCAAAAAUGGUAUUUUAUUACUAGAGGAUCCUGUAGAUCGCGAAUGGCAUCCUCAUGCUUUCUUUUUAACAGAAAACAAGUUGUAUUACACAGAGAAUUAUAACACACAAGUUGAGACGGACGCGGAGAGCGAUGGUGAAUCGGAGACGGAAAGCAACGUUUCUGUACCUCAGAACGAAUUGCAUUUCGGAGAAUGUUGGUUCCACGGGAAACUAGCAGGCAACAGACAAGAAGCAGAGGACUUAUUAAGAGCCCAUGCACAUUUAGGUGAUGGUACAUUUUUAGUGCGGGAAAGUGUGACGUUCGUGGGUGAUUAUUGUCUGUCGUUCUGGAGGCAAGGCAAGGCGAACCACUGUCGGAUAAAGUUGAAACAGGAGCGGGGGCUGACGAAGUAUUACCUGAUUGAUUCUAUUUGCUUCGACAGCUUGUACAGUUUGAUUACGCAUUAUAGGCAGCAUCCGCUGAGGAGUCAGGAGUUCCUGAUAACCCUGAAAGAGCCGGUACCCCAACCGAACAAGCACGAGGGCAAGGAGUGGUUCCACCCGCACCUGAACCGCGCCCAGGCCGAGGAGCUGCUAAGGAAGGCCAACUGUGACGGCGCCUUUCUGGUGCGCCCCAGCGAGAAGGACCGCGGGUUCGCUAUUAGCUUCCGGACAGAGAAAGAGAUAAAGCAUUGUCGGAUAAAGCAAGAGGGCCGCCUGUACGCCAUAGGUACAGUCACGUUCGAAAGCCUGGUUGAGCUCGUCUCCUACUACGAGAUACAUCCGCUGUACAAAAAAGUACGCCUCUGGUAUCCGAUAAGCGACGAUAUUGUUAGGAAGAUUAUAUCUGAACCCGACGACAGCUCUGUGUAUGGAACCCCCGGCUACAUGGACCCCACCUCUUUCACGUCCAAGGUACGUAAGGUGACCGUAAAGGCGUUGUACGACUACCGAGCUCGUCAAGACGACGAGCUGUCGUUCUGCAAGCACGCUAUCAUCACCAACGUGGACAAGCCCGAUGCGGGCUGGUGGCGGGGCGACUAUGGUGGCAAGCGCCAUCAUUGGUUCCCGGCCAACUACGUGCAGGAGAUAGAGACCAGAGUACCGGAUAUCGCUAGUUGCCUCGAAACCGAUGCGAGCGCGCUCGGUUCCUGGCAGAAGGGCGUGGUGGACGUGAACGGCGCCGUCGUGGAUUUGUUCGUGGGCGAAGAGGACGGUUCACCCCGCUGGCUUGUCCGGAUACAGAGCCCUAGUAUGUGCGCGCCGUUUGAGAUGCGCGCGCCCAACAACGAGCUCGCACUCGAGUGGCUUUCAGCUAUCAAGGAGGCGGCGCACAGCGCAAGCGCAAGGUCUCUACAGCACCGCAAAAUGGAACGCACCUGGCGCAUAGCUCGCGAAAUGUCCGACCUCAUAGUCUACUGCCGCUCCGUCGCCUUCAGCCAGGACCGCCUCCGGAACAAGGGCUUCAUCUUCAACGAGAUGUCCUCCUUCCCCGAGACCAAAGCGGAGCGCCUCAUGUGCCAACAAGACAACAACUUCUUCCUCAAAUACCACACCGUACAACUCAGCAGAAUCUACCCCAAAGGUCAACGCAUAGACUCCUCAAACUACAGCCCAGUUCAAUUCUGGAACUGCGGCUCUCAAAUGGUGGCGCUAAAUUACCAAACCGCUGAUAAACCAAUGCAAUUAAAUAUGGGGAAGUUUAAGGAAAACGGCGGUUGCGGCUUCGUCUUAAAGCCCCAGUUCAUGUUCGAGGAAAACUACAACCCCUACGACAAAAAGAGUAUAGAGAGGAAAGUGACUCCUGUGACGGUGAUGCUCAGAGUUAUUGGGGCGCGGCAUCUGUGCAAGUCCGGGCGGGGCACGGCGAGUCCCUUCGUGGAAGUGGAGAUCAUUGGGGCUGAUUACGAUUCAGGGCCCAAGCUUGUUACUAAGACUGUCGCCGACAACGGUAUCAACCCGAUAUGGAACGACAUAUGCGAGUUCGAAGUGUUCAACCCCGAGCUGGCGCUUAUCCGAUUCCUGGUGCAAGAUGAGGACAUGUUCGGCGACCCCAACUUCAUCGGGCAGGCCACCUACCCCCUCAAGGGCCUACGGACCGGAUACCGAAGCGUGAUCCUGACCAACGGUUACUCCGAGGAGCUGGAACUGUCAUCUCUCUUAGUUCAUCUCAAGCUGGUCCAAGGUCGCUGAUCAACCCAUGCAGCCACCGUCAACAGUGGCCACAAACGUAAACAAAAUUGUACUACAGCCUGAGCCUUAAUAUUAAUAUCUGACACACGUAUACACGGUGAAUUCAACCAAGAUUAGAGAUGGAGGUUUAAGAAAAAAUCGUGUCAAAUUGGGCAGCUAAAGUCGAUGGUGUAUAGCCACAUAUACUCGUAUUUUGUGGUAGCUGAAUUGCCCCAAGUCUACUUUUGACAACCAGUGUUACCAUAACGUACGGAGCUGUAAAUACGAUACACUGUCAAAUUCGAAGCACGAUUUUAUCUUAGACUACAGGUUAUUUACAAAUCACAGAAUCUUUGAAAUUAAUUAAUAAGAAGUUAGGCGUAUGAGGUUCGUACGGCCGAAAGGUGUAUAUAAUAUUAAAUGUACCAAAUUAUGUAAUGUCCCGUAUAGUAGCAAUAUGCCGCCCCAAACAAGCAAAUUAUUACGGUUCAAAAUAUAAUAUUUUGAUAGAAAUUCAAAUCUACAACUACAACAGUUUUAUUGAAAAAUUUGGUGUUCAUGAUAUCAAAUAUUUUAAAACUAAUACUGGACUUAAUCGCGUAAACUUACCCAAAACCCGCGCAGUAAGAUGUUGAUACAAUUUCUCGGAAGUCUGCCUGUGACCACGAACGUAACGUCACGUUCGAAACGUCAGGCCAUAUAAUAAACGUAAGUUUACGCGAUGAAGUCCCGUAUUAGUUUUAAAAUUAUGAAUGUAAAUCGUGUUGGUUUAAAUCAAUAUAUCAAAUAUUUUAGCAGAUAUAUUCACAGAAUAUUGUGUUAGUGUUCUUAGACCAUUUAUGGAAAGUUACAAUUGAUGUUUAAAUGUCAGAUAUCAAUGAUACACCUUAGGAGAGUUAGCACGACAUGUCAGGUUGUUGGCAUGGCAUUGACACAUUGUGUCGUAAAGACAUAGAAAACAAACAAUUUGCACCGAAUGUGUUACUUAUUACAAAGUUGACAACAGAUGGUUAUUUCAUAUGCCCAAUUGUUUAUAUUUAAAAAAAGAUAAUCGUAAAAAACGUAUAUCUAAUAGACUGAAUUUACUAACAAUUUACUAAUCAUCAGGGCAGUGAAUAAAGAAUCAAUUGUAAUCAUAGUCGUGAAAAAAACAGACAUUUUAUGGAUUGUUACAUACUUUUUUUAAGCGAUUACCGUCGCACACGGACACCCGCAACACCGGAGGGGUUGCAAGUAAAAUUUAGGAAAAGCAUUGAGCGGAAGGGUUAUGAUAGUUUAUGUAGUGUCCACACUUUAGUAAAACGUGAUAUUUUCUAUGAUAGAUGAAUUUGCAAAUUCAUCAACAUUUAUUUAUUGUUGUUUAACUAGCAUUUUAUGAUGGAUUAAACAGAACUUUUCCGUUCUUGAUACGUGCAUACAGGGAGACAUUUUUGUAUGGCACAUAACAAUGUCAAGAGUGAGCAUAUUGCAUGCAUAAUAAAUAAUAAUAAUACUUUUAUAAUUUGAAAAAAAAAACUUAUGGGUUUCGAUAUGUUAUUUUUGAUGACGUCAGACAUUAUGUCCAUUUUUAAUGGGUAGUAAAAUCAAAGACAAAGUUGUAUGAUUUUAUAAAGAUACAAAUUAACAAUAAGUGGAAUUACUAGUACCGGUUCGUAGCCUACAAUAUGGCCCAUUUGGGACAAGAUAUGACGAAAGGGGACGAAGAAGAAGAAGCGGUCGUCCUAAUACGUUGAAUCUUUUAUUCGUAGAUACUAAAUGAUACCAAAGAGAAUUUGAAAUAGAGGCGUAUUGUCAAAGAAAACUUUGUAGCCACAGCAAAUUUACUGUCAUCUUUCGAUACAUGAUUAAAACUUUUAGAACGCCAUUUGACUUUGAUCAUUAUUCUUUCACUGAUAUGUGUUAAAUAUGUGUGGCGCCAUCUUGCCGGCCGUCGCUAAAGGUUGUGGCGCCAUCGCUCGAAACGAUGCCGCCAUACCUUUGGCCUUUGAUUUAUUAGAUGGCGCCACUUUUUGAUAUUUAACAAAUUGACCAUCAGUGAAAGAAUAAGGAUCAAAGUCAAAUGGCGUUCUAAGUGUUAAUCAUGUGUAGAAAGAUGACAGUAAAUUUACGUAGCUACAAAGUUUUCUUUGACAAUACACCUCUAUUUCAAAUUCUCUUUGAUUAUACCAAACAGUUAUUAAUUGUACUACAGGAAUAAAGUCCAAAAAAAAAAACGUGCCACCUAGUUUGACAGCAGAAACAGAUAACGCUGAACUGUGUCGUAUAUUUUGUGGUUACUGAUUAGUAAAAUGUAAUUUUUUUUACUACCAAAGUUGCCGCAUAAUUUACUGAACCGUACAGCGCCAUCUCGGGUAUAGCUGGCAAAAUUGAAGAGUAAAAUUGUAACAGAUUUCACUGAUCUAGUACGAUUAAUAAAUGUUUCAUAAUACGUAAGCAUAAUAUUAUAAAUAACAUCACAAAGCGUAUACAGUAUGUAAAUCUAAUACGGGCGAUAAAUUAAACCAGAUAUAGAAUUUAUAUAUCAUUAAUUAAGUUACACUUAAUUAUAAUCCCAUAAUUAAAUUUUGAAAAUUUACCGAGCCACUAUGUAGUCUAUGUAAUGUAAACAUUACGAGACAAGACAUGACAUUACGAGAUACGAGCUUUUUACAGUAACUGCCAACAAGCGUUGUCAGUUACUUUAAAAAACUCGUAACUUGUAUGUUGUUUUACAUUACGGGUCGAAUUAUUUUGUAUGGUUAAUAUUUUCAUUUUAUUUCUAAAAAAAAUUAUCUCAAUAUACUACUUAGGUCCUAUGUUCCGUUUAAAUAUUCGCCCGUAUUGAAUUUACACACUGUAUAUUUUAUUUUUAAUGACUACAGUCUGCUAUUUAAUAUUUUUUAGCAAAAAAGAUGUAUAUAAAUCGAUAUAUAUGUAGAUUAGAUGUAUAUAGUUUUUUGGCGCUUUUAUAUGUAAUCAAUAGCAAUCAUUUAUACAAUGUUAUGAAAUAAUUAUACGUAAGUAAUGUAGUGUUUUUAUUAAAUUUAAACAAAUUUUAAAUUAUACUAAUAAAGUAUACAAAUAAACAUGAUUAACUAAAUCACAUAUCCGUUUCUUAAGAUUUAGACAUAUUCAGUAGAUAUAGAUAUAUACAAUAUAUACAUACAAACAUUUUACAUAAAUAUAUUUGCUGUCAUAAUUGCGGGUACAGUCAGCAUCAAAAAUAUCAAAAAAAGCAUUAUCAAGCUUGACAAAAAGAUAAGAUAAUAUAUCUAUGUCUCUAUUUUAAACGCGAACUGUAGAUAUAUAUCUAUAUUUUGCAAAAGUAUUCCAAGGUGGCAGACACUUUUUAUUUCAUCUGCUACUAUUGGUGCUUAUUGUACUAUAUUUUAGAAAUAGCCUUUUUUUAUUUAACAUUAAAGCUCUCUUUGACUAGAUCUGUUAUUUGUCAGAAGAAACUAUCAAAAGUACUAGAUUAAUUAUUAAUUCUGCGUACUGCUAUAUUGGCCGUGAACCUAAUUGACGACGAGCUCAUAUUUUUAUUUUUAUUUUAUUUUAUUUUAUUUAAAUAUGAAACAAACGGUCAUACAAAAAAUAUUAUUACAGUUUCUUGUCUUAAUCUAGACCUAUAGUUUCCAUGUUUGUUAAACAUAUCUUUAUAUAGAAGCACGAAAAGUACCUAUCUACGUUUAGGUUCAGCUAAAUAGUAAGAGGUUACACAGAAUUUGAGAAAUCAGAUUUACAAAACACUCAGUGAAAAGCACAAUGUAAAACACGUUCUACAUAUUUUUCAUUCAUUCUAGUUACGACAAUGCAAACGCUAAAAAAAUUUGUUUGAUGGCGUUGCAUACGUAGAAAAUAUAUAUCAACAGAAAGGAAAUAAAUUACUGUAUAGUAUUACAUACCUACUUAGUAUUUGUAAUAAACUCGCACUACUUAUAUUUUACAAGUUAGAAACUUUUUAAAGUAAGGCAUCUGGCCUACACUAUAUUAGGUAGUUUUAGUGUGUGAUUUAGGCCAUCUAUUGGUCAUAUUAUUGUAGUUUGGUAACAGACAAGCAAACGAAAUAUCGAGUAACAAGCGCACAAAAAUGAACUUGAUUAAAUAUAAUAUUUACGGGUCCUAAGGCGCAUGGCACACUGCAUCUGAUGUGCACGUCGCUUCGAUGUGCGAGCGGACUGUUGCAAUAGCGUUGUCUCGCUCAAUCAUCGGAGAGACGUGAGAACGGAUGCAGUGUGCCAUGCGCCUUAGUGUCCUAACCCUAUAAUUAAAGAAAAAAAAAUGGCGUCUGAGCGUCUUAAAAAAAUUAGGACGUGAAGUCGCUUGGUAAAAUUUAUAUGAGUAUACAGUUAGAUUUAAAUUAAAAAUCAAAUUACUAGAUCUGUUUUGAAAUAUCUGCCUAUUUGUGGCCUUCAAAUAAAAUAUAAUAAAAGAGUUAUUGUAAUAUGUCUUCUGAGUUCUUUUCGAGGCACGGGAUGUUUUAGUGCUAUAGUCGUGACUUUAACCUUUUGAACGCCAAGAACAUCUAAGGCGUGUAAUUAUUCGUGCCCACAGUGCCAUGGACAACUAUAAGUGUAAGGCCUGAGCGGACGCUCGAGUUGGGCAUGCAGUGGGGCGUUAAUGCAAACGUACAGUCGCUAUCAGAUAUAUCGGAGCGGCCGAGGUGUUCAAAAAUAUCAGAACACGAACUACACAAUAGAGCACCUCGGCCGCUCCGAUAUAUCUGAUGGCGACUAUACAGAAGCGGCCUCAGUGGACGCUGCUCUUAUCACUUGUGAGCAACCCGCCAGGCUGCACGCCCCGCUUCUAGCAUCCACUCAGGCCUUACACUAAAUGUUGUGUGACGUACGCUGUCAAAGUAACCUUCACACUUUCAAGUAAGGUUAUUAUUAGCUCGUUUGCGCUUUUAACCUUGGCGUAUAAGUGUCGUUUUUGUUUAUGUUGUAACGCGUUCAAAGGGUUAAUAUUAAGGCAAUGGAAUGUUGAAUGUAAAGGCCUGUGCCCACCGCAUGCACGUGCGCAUUGCAGCAUACAGAUCCUUAUGAAAGACGGCACAUCGCUUGCGUGACGUGUGCGUGCACGGUUCCAACAUUCCCACUCGCACGUGCUUGUCUACGCACAUGCAGCCGGUGUUCUGGCCUUUAUUAAUUGAGAAGUGACCUUAGUAAAGUCUAUAAUGUUGGUGCUAUUGGAAAAUUAAUUACAGGUGUUGUACAGUUUUGAAUUGCUGCCUUUAUAAUAGUGAAUUUUUGAACUUGCGUGCCGCAUAGCUCUAGAGUAGUCGCACAACCCUGUGAAAUGCGAGUGCUCGCAUGGGAAGCAUAUUGCCGCCCAAAUGUAAUGGAUAAAUCCGAUUUACAGGCCCUAGGCACUUGGUAUAAUACUGGAAAUGUAGGGCCCCUUUUCCAUCUCAAAACCAUUGCUCGAUUGCCUUGGUCCCUAAGCCUGGGCCUUGUGGGCCUGGGCAGAAAUUUGUAACUGCGAAUGUAAUCAUUUUUAUGAGAUAAAAUAAAUCGAACCCUAUGAGCAAAAGAAAUAUCUUGGCAAAUGUAAUUACUGUGUUCAAUAGUAUUUUCGCCACGGGCGGCAAAAUGCUCAUAACGCAAGCACUAUGGGGUAAACGAUUAUCAUGUGUUGUCAUUAACUUAUCAUUAUCAGACAUUGUCAUUGGUUUGGUUAAGUACAGUUGAUUCUUAUUUGUCUCUUUAACACUGUGAAUGUCAUAGGUACAAUUAAUGUACUACCCCAUUCCUUAAAUGUGGCCAUGGAGAUUGCAAUUGUUUUAUUUCACUUUUAAAUCGUUUGGACCACUAUCGUUUUUUAGGGUUCCGUACCUCAAAAGGAAAAAACGGAACCCUUAUUUAACGUCCUGUUAAAUGUUGGUUUUUUGGGCGAAUAUGGUAUCUCUUGCGUUACUCAAAAUGUCUUUGGAGUUACCUACCAUGAAAUCGGGCCUCUAUACAUAGUUUCUGUUUAUUAGGUUUAACAGUUGGGGCGUUGAAUGUUUUAACCUACACCUUAAACUGAAACAUAGAAAAGAUAUUAUUUCAAGGUGAAAUAUGACAACGAAGUUUAAAAGUUGUGGACAGAUUUGUGUCGGUCAAAAUGUUUAUGAGUCAAUUUUGCACAAUGAAAUUAAUGUGACUAUGAUCACCUACAUUUCAACUCUUACAUAUUUAUUUUACACAAUAUCCAACCAUCCAUUUUAAGUGUAAUAAUGUCGAUACUGAGUAUUCAGUCGCAUUUAUUUUAUACAUAUAAGCGUUCCAGAAAUAUAUUUAAAAUAAUGAUACAGAAAACAAUCCAAUUUGUGUGCAAUCUUCUAUAUAAACAAUGUAAUGAUUUUGUACAUGCAGCCGUUACAUCGAAUUGCAUAUUUUACUGCAUUUAUCCAAAAACUAAUUAUAUCAAAUAUACAAGUAUGCAUAUUUCGUAGGACUUAGUGUAAUAGAAAAAUAUUUCUAUGGUCUGUUAUUUUAUUAGUAAUUAGAACGAGGCGGCAGCUUGCGCUGUCGAAUCGAAUAUUUACAGUUUGAACGUAAUAAAUAAAUUUAUUGAGAGUUA